GCCAGGGAUGCCCAGCACCGACUUGGCCAGAUGCUGUCUGUGCCCUGCCUCAGGCAGGGGGGCCCUCUGCACCCUGUCCUGCACCCUCUGCUAGUCCUCACUGCCACAAUAAAACCUGUCUGCCCAUUUCCAUGGGACUUGAGAGGGGGAGCCCAGAGCCGUCCCAGGGGUUGGCGGAGGUUUGGGAUGGCAGCGGGGUCAGCGCUUGCCACCUGUCCCCCCGCUCACGCCAGGGAUGAUGACAAUACAAAGGCCCGUGGCCCCGUGCCCACCACUGCCUCCACUGCCCUGGCAUGGGGGGGUUAUUUAUGGAGGUGCAGCCACUGCUCAGGGCUCUUGGUGGGCAUUGUCCCCCCCGGUGCCCUGUCCACUGUGCCAGGAGCUGCCACCAGGUCUCUGUCCCCCAGGUCCCUGGGUGCUGACCCCUUUAGCCCUGAACAUCUGUCCCUGGGUGGGAGCAGUGUGUCUCUUCCAUAGGAGAUUCUAGCCUGGUUUAUGAGGCCAGUGGGGCUUCUGGGCUGGCACAAGGAGGCUGCAAAUCCCUCGGCUGCAGACGAAGCGCUACCACUUGCCCUGAGAAUUCCUCCCUGCGUCUGGGGAAUCUGCUCCUCCAGCUGCCAACAGCAUCCUCCACCUCAACACCAAGCACCAGCAUGGCCGGAGGUGGGCUCGGGGCUCAGCAGGCUCCCGGGGGGCUCUGCCCCUGCUGCUGGGUGCAGUUUCCCCUGCUGCUCCCUUGCAGAGCCAAACCCUCUCGGCCAAGCCCCUGCUCCCAAAAUAGCGCCAGGCUGAUCUUGCCCUUUUCCAUGCCACCCCCAGGCAGGGCCACCAAAACAUCCUAAACCCCCCCAGGAAGGCAAAUGGGGGGCGGGGACUUCGUGCCAGUGCUGCACGGACCCAGUUCAACAUCCUGAGGAAGCGCUUGGGGCACCAGCCAGGGUGUCCCGUUGCAUGGGGGGAAGGGGCACCUGGGACAAUGUAGGACCCCCUCUCGCAGACCUGCUGCUGCUUUUUAUAACACCCCAGCUGUCUUCGGGAGCCCAAAUAAGGCUGUGACCACCCGGAGCCCCCAGGAUGCACAAUGGGUCCCGAGCACAGACUUUUUGGGAAGGUGGGGAGGCGGGUCAGCCCAAGAAAGGCAAAGCCCCUGUGCUGGGCAGAGCUGAUAAACGGUCAGUGGGGCACAGGCAACACAGCUGUGCUACCCACUUGUUGUCUGUCCUGCAUCCCGCUGCCCACCGCUGCCUGUGUCCCACCAAGAAUGGAGGCCAUCAAGAAGAAGAUGCAGAUGCUGAAGCUGGACAAGGAGAAUGCCCUGGACCGGGCAGAGCAGGCGGAGGCUGAGCAGAAGCAGGCGGAGGAACGGAGCAAGCAGCUGGAGGAUGAGCUUGCUGCCAUGCAGAAGAAGCUAAAAGGGACAGAGGAUGAACUGGACAAAUACUCUGAGGCCCUGAAAGACGCCCAGGAGAAGCUGGAGCUGGCAGAGAAGAAGGCAGCGGAUGCUGAGGCAGAAGUGGCAUCUUUGAAUCGCCGUAUCCAGCUGGUAGAGGAGGAGUUGGACCGAGCUCAGGAGCGCCUUGCCACAGCUCUGCAGAAGCUGGAAGAGGCAGAGAAGGCGGCAGAUGAGAGUGAAAGAGGCAUGAAAGUCAUUGAAAACAGAGCUCUGAAGGAUGAGGAGAAGAUGGAACUGCAGGAGAUCCAGCUCAAGGAAGCCAAGCACAUUGCAGAGGAGGCAGACAGGAAGUAUGAGGAGGUUGCUCGGAAACUGGUGAUCAUAGAAGGAGAUCUGGAGCGUACUGAAGAGAGAGCUGAGCUCGCAGAGUCUCAUUGCCGGGAGCUGCAGGAGCAGAUCAGAGUGAUGGACCAGAACUUGAAGUGUCUGUCUGUUGCCGAAGAAAAGUACUCUCAAAAAGAGGAUAAAUAUGAAGAAGAGAUCAAGAUUCUGACCGAUAAACUCAAAGAGGCGGAGACCCGUGCUGAAUUUGCUGAACGCUCUGUAGCCAAGCUGGAGAAGACCAUUGAUGAUCUGGAAGAUAAACUGAAAUCCACCAAAGAGGAGCAUCUCUGCACGCAAAGAAUGCUGGACCAGACCCUGCUAGACCUGAAUGAGAUGUAAUGGAUCCCUGCCACUGCCUCUGCCAUGUGAUGCCGGCCCAGCUGCUGCUGCCCUCUGACCCUGGGGACCAGAGUUUACUUUCUGUUGCCAACUUGACCAAACACAAAUCUCCUUUGUUCCAGGGUUAAAGGCCACCAGGUUGGGCAGAGCUUCAAACAGCAUCAUUAAGGGAAAUAAACAAUGCAAUAAUGUUUGGAGAGCAUGUUUGAGAUGUACACAUUUUGUAACUACCUUUUUUUGUAGCAACCAUUAUAAACAUUCCAAAUAACAUGUGAGGCUGGUGAGCUACACUUCAAAGCUCUUGGCUUUAAAAUUUGGUAUUAACCUUCUGUUAAUUGGCUCUGGGCCACCCUGCUUUGGCAGGGCAGGAAACGGAUGUGAUGGUUCUGGCUGCGAGUCAGAGUAGCCAGGCUAGGGAUGAAAACCUGUUGGGAAAACUUCCUUUCCAAGAGCUGUUUGCCAAAAGUGCAGUUCAGUUUUUCAGCUUUAAGGUAACUAUGUGUUGGGAAGGAACAACUUGGGUGAAAGGCAUCUUUUUUGGGUUUUUUUUGUUGUUUUUUUUUUUUAAGCCAAGCCAGUCAUCUGAACAAUUGAACCUUCACAGGGGUUGUGUCCCUUCCCCUCCACAACUGAUGGGCUUAGAGAAGCCACUGCCCCUUGUAACCCAUUGCUACCCUGGGGCUGACUUUGCCUUCACUAAGUGCUGAUGCACCAAGCUUCACUGCUCAUCACUGGGUUACACUUAACAGCUUAAGUACAACAGCCUUGUGUUCUUGGAGAAGUGUUUUUGCCAACCUGGAGGGAGGGAGCCAAGCCUUCCCUCCUGGCCAGGACUGCUCUUACUGUCUUAAUUGGGUACAAGCCAUCUUGCUGUGCAUUGCUGAUGUGUCGUGGUUGUGAGGUGUGAGUGUGGUAAUGUCACACUCACAGCGUGUAGCUUGUGGUUUGAGCAUGCUGCUUGGUUGUAGCAGUUUUUGGGGCCAAUCUGGAGACAAAAACCCUAUCCAGUGUUUUGAUACUAAAUUGAAAAAUUGUGUUACUGUCUUUUGAAAUAAAAACUGAUCCCUCCACCUG